CAGUCGGGAAGUUGUCGACCAACAGACUGCUAGCUCCGAAAGUUCCCUCCCGUUACGUUAGUACAGCGACUCGCCGCAUCGAAUACGCGCGUACUAAUAAUUCGCAUGAAAUACCGCGUACAUAUAAUAUAAAUUUUGCGAACACAUUUCCUUACUCUUGUGUUUAUUUGGUGACAAUAAAAUAAUGAUCAUGUAAAUCAGUGUCUCGUGCUAUUAACAUAAUCGACAUGAAAAAUGCCCGAAGUCGUUAAAUAUUCAUGAUAGCAACUGGCUGAUGCCCGGGAUCUGGCAGUGCUACGACUAUCAACAGAUUCAUCAAAUAUGGAGACAGACAAAAUGUCCACAGCAUCCUCAGUGGGAGCUGAAAGAAGGCCAUUGAUGCAAGCUCUAGUGAUCGAAAGACGCAUCCUAUUUGGUUGUACAAUUUUUGUUGGUCUAUGUACAUUUGUGUGGAUAACGGCGGUUUGCACUGAAAAAUGGGUUCACAUAGAAGGAGGAAAGGGUGCGCCCCUACCUGCCAAAGGUAGAUAUCUCAUGUGGAGCAGUUCAGGAGUGUGGGAGAUAUGCCGAUAUGUGUUCCAUGCAAACAUAACUGCACCACCGGAAAAGCAUAAUGGGACCACAUUAAAGCCACCUGAAGACGCUAGUGACUUAGAUGGAAUACUUAUUACAAAAUGCACAAACUAUUUGGCGCAGCCACUGAUGGAAAACGGAAAGCCCUCUGAUCCGGCGUAUGAUGUAAAUGUAGCUAAUUACGUGCGAACGAUGAUUUCAUUCGGCAUCAUCAGCUUAUUCGUAAUGGCUAUGGGAUGCGGGUUUUCCGUAUAUACGUUCCAAAAUCCCCGAUAUAUGUUCAAGAGGCUUGCAGCUGGCAUACAUUUUAUAAGCACAUCGUGUACAUUCGUGGUGGUACAAGUAAUGAUGUCCACAGUAGACCAUUUGAAGAAGAAUGUUAAGUUUGUGUAUCCAGAGCGUGCCUAUCAUUACUACCACAUCAGUUUCUUCCUGGCAUGGUUUGUAGUGUUGAUCAAUCUGUUCGCGGCAGCAUCUUUUCUGUGGUACUCACGAAAAAGGAAAGGGGAUAAAGCAGCGACUGAUGAGCUAGCAAUGGCCGACGAACCAACCAUCAUUGGCCGAUGACGGCCUAAGCCAAUCACCUCCAAACAAUUUAUGUUGCGGAGGAUUUUCCUCAAGUCUUUACUGAACAGUGCUCAAAUGACCAAUAGCUAUAACAACGUUUGCGUCUUCCAUAUAUUGUAUGCAACAGGUAUUUAUUGGAGUUUAGACAGCCUUUGGGACUAGAUCAGUGGCUUCUGACUGAUUCAAGUAGACCACUGAUGUAUUGAAAAGCAACACUUGGGUAUUUCACUUAUAAUAUUCAUUUAAAACUUAUUAGUAAGUUCAAUAUACCUAUAUCAAAUUUAACUGUUAAAGUAUUUAUUGUCAAAUUAGUGUUAUAUUAUUCACGAAAUGGAUAUUCUAUUUAAUUAUUCUGGUUAUACAUGUAGCAUGCUUUGCUUCUAGUAGAAUUAUGUGCAAAGGAAUGUUAAAAGUAACCCAUUUUCUCCAUCUUGAUCAUCAUCAAAUAUUACUAGUAUUAUUCCAACACAGCAAAUGUUACUUUUAAGACAUCAGUGGGUUGUAAUCAUAAUUAAACAAAAUGGUAACACGCCUUGUUAAUCUUAUAAGCGACAGAAAAUAUCUUUAUUGCGACAUCUUUUAUUCUCGCUUUGAAUGUUAUGCGGAAAGUAUUUAAACUUUAUAAUCUAUGAAUUAGCUUUGACCACGGUAAAAAUACUAAAGCAGUAGUUCUAGAUAACUGAGUAAAUAUGGACCAAGUUUUGCUAUUGUAAGUGUAUUUGAGAUGCUUCAUUAUUCUGUCAGGUUUGCACUGCUUUACAAUGAUGUACAACUACAUGUAUUCAGAGGUAUAAUUAAUUAAUGUUUUAAAUACUUUAUACAUUCUUUACUAUUUAAAAUAUUCAAAUAGUUACAUUGAUUAGAUACUUAUAAAAUUAAUGUACCUACUAUUGUUAAUUUUAUUGUGAGCAGCUUAUUCCGAAUAUACCCGAACUACUGUUUCAAAAAUUUCUACUAUAUCUCAGCGUUAUGGGAUUAACGAUGUCUGUAAUUCUUUUAGUGUAAUAGAAACUUCAAACAAGUCUGCUACUGUUUGUGUUGUAACAUGUAAUCAUGUCAUCAUGACACGUGCCAGUUCUAGUCAUACAUUUAAAUGAUUUAUAUUAAUAUUUAAGCUCGCGUUAGUUUCGUAAUUGGUGGAAAAUUACCUUUAAACUAUUCCGCCAAUCACAUGUCACUGUUAAGAUCUAAAGACUAUUUGCUUUAAGUACUGUUCUUAGGUUGAUAUAUAAACCAUAGUGAUAUCACUAAUUAUGCUGUUUAAAUUGUCAGUAUUUAUAAUAAACUGAGAGUAUUUAUUAACUUUUUAAUGAUAAGUGAUAAGUGAACUGUUUUAUGGAAACAUUAUUAUCCUAUCGACUUACUUAAUUAUUCAGUAUAUUUACGAAUUUUCAAACUUGUUUUAUUACAACUGAUUAAGAUCUCCAGAGCUUGAGCAUCGUCCGAUCAGAUCUAUUCUCAUAAGUAUUUUAAAUUUCAAAGAAAGAAUAGAAUCAAUUUGUUAACUUUUUAAAGUUAUAUACUAUCCAUAUCUAGGUUGUCACCAUUAGUAAGUAUUCUAAAAUAUUUUUCCUGUUUAUCUACUCUUAUCAUUAAUUUUAUUAAAGACUUUAUAAUGUUACGUUAUAGAAAUUUUAUUUAUUAAUAAUUUAAGUUAAUUAGACAAAUGAAUUUUACGUGCUAGCAUCAGCAUACUGUCUAGGAUGAACAGAAAUAUAUAUUUUACUUAUAAUUCUAAAUUCAUACCGAUUAUUGUUUGUUCAAAUAAAAAAUCAAGUACGAAUGAAUACGAAUCUCUCAGCUUAUAUUGUUUCUUCUGUCAGAAAGACAGUGUAAGACAAAGACGCAAAUAGUCAGUACAUAACAUAAAUGUGAUAGAAAUUGACACCAAUUUAUUAUAUUUAAUAAUUUACCUUUUAUAUAUAUAAAUACAAUUAACAGCUUUACUAUGAGUACCAAUUAUUAUUAUUGAUAUUAGUCAGAAUAAAUAUAUGAAACCAAAUCUAAAUCAACAAUAAUUUAAGCAGCCAAAAUCUAAAAUUGAAAUUGUAAAAUGUGUCAGUUACAACCAUCUAAUGCAGUUAUACUUUGAAACCUUUGAGUAACUGUGAAAAAAGUGUAAUUACGUAUAAUAUUAAAUAAUAACGGGAUUUUUUACAGUUUAAUAUUAAACUUUAUUUUACAUUAAAUAAUGGACAUGAUAAGAUUAAUGCAUUUCUUAAUACUACAAUAAAUAAUAAAU